GUUGAGUAUUAAUCAAUUGCAUUGCUAGCACUUUCUAAAAAAUCAAAGGAUGGUUUAAAAAGGAUCGAGGUGAAUGUAUAUUUUAUCUUAAGAGCCCCUCUAAGAUGACUAAAUUAGACAAAGCCCAUCCCCAUCUAUGGCAGCUCAAGCUCCAAAAUAUUCAUGAGGAUGAGAAAGAUAUUCCUAACCUUGAUGGUACCUUCCAAAAGUAAUCGACAUUCAAUUACUUUUUUAAUGACAUCAGUACCUUAAAAUUGGAGGUAUUGAUUGAUGAAAGAAGAGUGCCAUUGAAUAUAAUAAAAUACAUAAUUUUCAUCAAAUAUCCUUAAAUCUUUCAAUAAUCAUCUCCUUUACUUAACGAAUGA